GAAAGAAGAGGCCUAUCUAAUGGAGAUGAAUAAUGAGGUAGAACUAACCUUGUUGAUGGCAAAUCACGAAGAACAAACAAAGAAGAGCAUGUGGUAUUUAGAUACCGGAGCUAGCAACCACAUGACGAGAGAUAAGAGCUUGUUCGUGAAGGUGGAACAAGAUCAAGGUCAUGUUACCUUUGAAGAUGAAUAUAAAGUCGUGGUGAAUGGAGCGGCCCAUUACCCCUUAGCAAAUAAACCACCAAGGCCCAAUCCGGGUGCGGCCCGGAGAGAAAGAGCUGCCAAACGAACAUCCAAUCAACAAAGACGCUCGGCGUUACUCGCCUUGGCUAGAGAAGUCCCGAUGAUGAUCCAAGGGCCUCGGAGGAGAAGCCUAUUAGGCCGAGCGGAACCCCGUCCUUGUGCUUACUUGGCCCCAGAAUCAGAAGACCAGGGGACGCUCGUUCAGACCCAUUGGCGGGAAAUCAAGCUAUUGGCGGGAAACACAUUUAAUGCAAUAGAUUUGGUGUUUGGGAAGCUAGCCACUCACCAACCUCCACAUCACCAACAUCAGCUACCCCUUGGUAGUAUAAAUAGUAACAUUUAUUUCAUUGUAAAUGGUUGACAACUUGUACUCUCUAG